GGCCCUCACACCGUUCCUUCAAUUUUCUUGUUUACUUUUCCAAGCAAAUAAUUUUCUAAAAAAAUAAGCGUAAAUGUCUCUCGUCCAAACCCAACCAAGCCUUUCUCGCUGACAAGAAACACAUUGCCCUCACAAUGAACAUUAGACAAUGGCUGGCGGUCCCGGUGGUGCGGUAGGGGGACUUGGAGGCCUCGACAACGAUUCGCUGCUUUGGACCAUUAUCAUGGCUCCUUCGCCGCGUUUGGUGGUAUUCUCUUUGGGUAAGGUUCAACACUCGUUGCAUUUCCCCAUUGCACCCAUUUUACGCCCCUAUGACACUGGAACGAUUGGAGGCGUCAUUGCUAUGAAGGACUGGCUUAAUGUGUUCGGCUCGUAUGAUCCUUCCAUCGGUCAAUACCUCAAGACCAAUGACAAGUCCUUAGUGGUAUCCAUCCUGUCUGCCGGCACUUUCUUCGGCGCUCUCAUCUCGUUUCCCUUGGGCGAUCUCAUUGGUCGCAAGUACGGUUUGAUCUGUUCUUGCGUUAUCUUCUCUGUUGGAGUCGGCCUUCAGCUCUCGACAAAUUGGGCGACCUUCAUCGCUGGUCGUGUCGUUGCUGGUCUUGGAGGUGAGUUCCAAUUUACCCUUUCGGAUAAGGUUUUUAAGCUCGACCAAAUAUCAAAUUCACUGAUAUUCGAAAUUUCAAAUUUCUCCCUCCCCCCGCCCCGCCCUCCAGUUGGCGCUGUGUCUUGCCUCGUACCCAUGUACCAAUCCGAAUGCUCACCCAAGAAACUACGUGGUCUCAUCGUCGGUCUCUACCAAUUCGCCAUCACCAUCGGUGCUCUUCUUGCCGCUAUCGUUCUCAACGCAACCAAGAACCAAAACUCCCAUUCAUCUUGGCGUACACCCAUCGCCGUCCAAUUCGUAUGGGCUGCCAUCCUCGGUGGAGGUAUGCUGGCUCUUCCUGAAUCCCCUCGGUAUUUGCUCUAUAAGAAUAAUUGGGAAGCUGCGAGAUAUUCUCUUUCGCGUUUGAUUCUCAAGCCUGAGAAUUCACCAGAGGUGGAUACGGAGCUUGCUGAGAUUUCGCUCGCUCUUGAGGCUGAGCGUGCUUUGGGGGGUAACACAUAUCUGGAUUGCUUCAAGUUUACCGCAAACAAGAACUUCCUACGCACGAUGACGGGUAUUUGGUUACAAGCAUGGCAACAACUUACAGGGAUCAACUUCAUCUUCUACUACGGUACCACCUUCUUCAAGAGCGCCGGCAUCUCAAACAGUUUCAUCAUCACGAUCAUUUGCGACGUCGUCAAUACCUGCAUGACGAUCGUCGGUGUUCAACUGAUCGAUCGUGUGGGUCGUAGAAAGUUGAUGAUCAUCGGUGCUAUCGGUAUGAUGGUCUGCGAAUAUAUCGUCGCUAUCGUAGGCGUCACAGCUGGAAAGACUCAUUUCGACGUCUCCACGGGUCUAUCUCAAGCCGUAUCCGUCACCGCUCAACGAGUCCUUAUCGCUUUUGUAUGCUUUUACAUCUCAUUCUACGCUAUAUCUUGGGGACCCGUGGCGUGGGUAUUGACGGGUGAGAUAUUCCCCCUCGCCAUCCGUGCAAAGGGCAUGUCACUCGCCGUCGCUUCCAAUUGGCUCUGGAACUUUGGUAUAGGUUACGCUACGCCUUACCUCGUCGAUCCUUCCACGACGGGCGUGAACGCCGUCAAAGCAGCCAACUUAGGCGUCAAAGUUUUCUUCAUUUGGGGAUCGACGUGCGCUGGAUGUUUCCUCUUCGCCUACUUGUUCAUCCCGGAAACGAAAGGGCUUUCGCUGGAACAGAUCGACUUGUUGUAUCGUGAAUCGUCUGUGAUUCGUUCGAAUGCGUAUCGGAGGAGGAUGUUGGAAGCUGGAGAGACGUUUUUGCAUCAUGAUUUGGAGCAUGUGGAUGUGGAUAAGAGGGAUUUCGGGAUUUCGGGUGUUUCGGGUGUUGUUGUUCCGAAUGUUGGACAGCCUGUUAGUAAGGAGGUGGAGAUUGUUGAGAAAGAGAGUGCUUGAGAUUGGGUGCUUGACGCUAGUUCAGCCGGUGACAGUUUGAAACCCGUGCGAGAAUGUCAUGCAUGUUGACCUCAUAUAGUGCAGGCAGACGGCCAAUUUUAUGCCUCGUUCAGCAGAUGGGGUGGCUACCGCUCCUGCAUGCAAUGUUCCACCAUUGAUAUAUCUGUCGGGAAACUGAUACUCUGGCGCCCAAUUAAUAAGUCAUUUUGACCGGUCACUGUCAAUAGGGAU